AUGCAGAUCUAUGUGCGUACUCUCGACGAUCGAACAUUAACACUCAAUGUUCAAUCUGAAGACACCAUAAAUGAAAUCAAAGAAAUUGUUGAACAGCGUGAAGGCAUACCCGCUGAUGAACAACGUUUAACAUUAGGUGGCAUAUCAUUAGAUGACGAAUUAACACUCAAUGAAUGUCAUAUUGAAGAAGAAAGUACACUUUAUGUUUUACUCGAUCUUGAAGGUGGUGGCAAAAAACGUAAGAAGAAAUCCUACAAUACACCAAAGAAAAAUAAACAUAAACGAAAGAAAGUUAAAUUGACUGUACUUAAAUACUACAAAGUUGAAGAUACGGGUAAAAUCCAUCGUUUAAGACGUGAAUGCCCAUCAAAACAAUGUGGAGCUGGUGUAUUCAUGGCCGCACAUCAUGAUCGUAAUUAUUGUGGUAAAUGCUGUGUCACAUACAUGUUUACAAAACGUGAAGAAAAUUAA